AUGAGUCGAACCCACAUGGCGGUGCUCUUGAGGACUCUGCUGCAGCCAGGGAGGCCCCCGGGAGUCUUGGGGCGCUCCCUGGGACGGCGUGAGGCCAGCCUGGGCACUGGUUCUGGGGCUGCGGUGCGAGUGCGGUUCGCCCCCAGCCCCACAGGCUUCUUGCACCUGGGUGGCCUCCGCACUGCCUUGUACAACUACCUCUUUGCCAAGAAGCACGGAGGGAGCUUCAUUCUGCGGCUGGAGGACACGGACCAGACCCGCCUGGUGCCCGGGGCAGCGGACAAUAUUGAGGACAUGCUGGAGUGGGCAGGCAUCCCCCCUGAUGAGAGCCCACAUCGGGGAGGCCCCAGGGGGCCCUACCUGCAGUCCCAGCGGCUCGAGCUGUACGCCCAGGCCACGGAAGCUCUGCUGAAAACCGGGGCUGCUUACCCCUGCUUCUGCUCUUCACAGCGGCUGGAGCUGCUGAAGAAGGAGGCCCUCAGGAUCCACCAGACACCCCGGUAUGACAAUCGGUGCCGGAACCUGAGCCAGAAGCAGGUAGCUGAGAAGUUGGCCAAGGACCCCAGGCCUGCUAUCCGCUUUCGCCUGGAGGAGGAGGCACCAGCCUUCGAGGACUUGGUGUACGGCUGGAAUCGGCAUGAAGUAGCCAGUGUGGAGGGGGACCCGGUCAUCCUGAAGAGCGAUGGCUUCCCCACGUACCACCUGGCCUGCGUGGUGGAUGACCACCACAUGGGCAUCAGCCAUGUGCUGCGUGGCUCGGAGUGGCUGGUCUCCACUUCCAAGCACCUGCUGCUCUACCAGGCCCUGGGCUGGCCGCCACCUCGCUUUGCCCACCUGCCCCUGCUCCUCAACAAGGACGGCAGUAAGCUGUCCAAGAGGCAAGGGGACAUUUUCCUGGAGAGUUUUGCUGCUGCCGGCUUCCUACCAGAUGCCUUACUCGACAUCAUCACUAACUGUGGCUCAGGGUUUGCAGAGAACCAGAUGGGCAGGACCUUGCCAGAGCUGGUAGCACAGUUUGACCUGACCCGGAUCACCUGCCACUCGGCCCUGCUAGACCUGGAGAAGCUCCCAGAAUUCAACAGGCUGCACCUGCGUCGGCUGGUGAGCAAUGAGACCCAGAGGCGCCAGCUGGUGGGGAAGCUGCAGCUGCUUGUGGAGGAGGCAUUUGGGAGCCAGCUGCCAGACAGGGCUGUCCUAGACCCAGCCUAUGUGGAGAGGAUCAUCCUGCUGAGACAGGGUCACAUUUGCCGCUUGCAGGAUUUGGUCUCCCCGGCACACUCCUUCCUGUGGACUCGCCCUGCUGUGGGUCGAACGCAGCUGAAUGCCAUCUCAGAGCAGGUGGAUGUGAUUGCCAAGCGCGUGCUGAGGCUUUUAGAAGGACCUGGCGCCAGCUUAACUCAGGACGUGCUGAAUGCAGAACUGAAGAAGCUGUCCGAAGGUCUGCCCGGCACCAAGUACAGUAACGUGAUGAAACUCCUCCGAGUGGCCCUCAGUGGACAGCCGCAAGGACCGCCUGUAGCUGAGAUGAUGGUGUCCUUGGGACCAAAGGAAGUGCGGGAACGAAUACAGAAGGUGCUUUCCAGCUGACGGAGAUGUGCCAGGCGGCGGAGGUGGCCUAGGAACCUGUGCGUGUGGAGACUGCCUUCGGAGGGGAGGAGUGGGUCCUGGGACCCAUCGGGAACUUGUAGCAGGAACCAGAGGCUGGGUGCACACAGUGUAUACAUGGCUCACACAGCCCCGUCCUCGCCCUCUGGCUGGGAAGCCCAGCAUCUUCUCACCUCCCUGCGUCUACAGAGGACGGCUCACGUCUGGUUCCAAUACCACAUUACAUGGCAGAGGUUUCAAGAUGGUUCCUAGAACAAUCCAGCGGGCUCGUGUGUAGGCUGCCCGAGCUGCAUAACAAAUGCCACGGAGUUGGGGGCUUAAGCAACGGAAAAUCAUUUCCUCACUGUCCAGGAGGCUGGAAGUCUACAAGGAAGGUGUUGGCAGGUUUCUUUUCUCCUUGGCUUGCUGAUGGCUGCUUUCUGCUGUCCGUACGUGUCAUCGCCCUGAGGGUGCCCUUGGUGCCUCUGGGUGUCCAAAUGUCUUAGGACACCAGGCAGGUGGGAUUAGCACCCACCCUAAUGGCCCAGUUUUACCUUAAUCGCUUUUUUAAAGGCCCAGCUGCACAUACAGUUAACAUUCUGAGGUCUCGGCCUUAGGGCUUCAGGAUACGACUUUUGAGGGGACACAGUUCAGUGCAUGACAGCUUGACAGCAGCCUGGACUCAGUUCUCGGCCCAGCUUGGACUCAGAGUGGCAGGGCUGAGCUGAAAGUCACUUUCUCGGGGGCUCAUCACGGGGCAAGACUCAUCUGUCAGGGUGGGCUGGGGAGGAGCACUUAUGUCUUACACUUUUUUUUGUCCUGGACUUGGGGCAGCCUGCCUCCCUUCCCUAAAGGCUGUCUGCUCCUCUCCCAGUUCUUCAGAGCUGGUCCUUGAACUCAGGCCUUCACCCUGCCUCGUCUGCAUCUUUUAUUCAUAUCUACCUCCUCCUCAUAUCCACUACUGUCUGAAAUGAGAUGUUCUUGGGUGAAGAGAAAUGGCUAAAGUAAAGGGAAGACAGUGGCUGGGAACAGAGACCCGCAGGCUUCUAGGUGUCCCGGCGGCAGCCAGCCUCUGAGAGGCCCCGCCAUUGCUCCCUCUUGGUGUCACCCGGAUAGGGCUCAGUUGAGAUGCAUCAUGGCUUCCUUCUUGUUCUCCUGGGUCCCUUACUCUGCGGGAAACCACUUCCACGGAAGACAGGCAGCCCUGUGGAGAGGCUCAUGUGGCAGGAACCGAGGCCUCCUGCCUACAGCAGGUUCGUGCCCAUCUCGGAAGUCGGUCUUCCAGCCCCAGCCACGCCUUCAGGUGACCACAUUCUGCCGACGUCUCGACUGCAACCUUCACGAAAGAGCCUUAGCCACAACCACGAAGCAAGGCUGCUCUCAACUGUCAGACACACAAAUGACGAGGUAAUCAGCGUUCAUUGUCUGCAGCCACUAGGUUUUGCCCUGCCGGGUGGCUCAUUUGGUCAGAGCACCAUCCUGAUGCACCAAGGCUGCAGGUUCAGCCUCUGGUCAGGACACAUGCAGGAAGCAACAGUGGGUGCAUGGGUGGAGUGACACUUUGAUGUUUCUCUCCCUCUGAAAUAAGUCAAUAAUAAAGCUCCUAGGUUUAAGGAUAAUUUGUUGCCCAGCAAGUGUUAGCUCUUACCCUCUCCUUGUCCACGGGAAAAGGGAAAGGGGAUAAAGAAUUUGGUGAGCCUGGCUGGUAUGGCUCAGUGGCUAAGCAUCAACCUAAGAACCACGAGGUCACGGUUCAAUCCUGGUCAGGGCACAUGCCUGGGUUGCGGGCUCCAUUCUUGGUAGGGGUCGUGCAGGAAGUAGCCAAUCGAUGAUUCUCUCAUCGAUGUUUCUGUCUCUCCCUCUCCCUCUCUGAAAUCAAUAAAAAUAU